CUAUUGUAUUUCGUUGGCCUACUGCAUUUUUCGCAAUAGUAUUAGUAUUAUCAAAUUGUUGUAGUAAAAUUACUGAUGAAAUGGAUGAGGAUGAAGCUACCAUGGAUGUAGAUGCUCUGUUGGAGUUGGUGUUUACUAUAAAGUUACAUUGUGUACGAAUUGUGCUAGAAACUGUAGUUAA